AUGAAAGAGGUAAAUGUCACUGCCAUGUUUGUACAUGCACUCUGUUCGGUACCACGGGAAAGCUCAACAAAGCUUGCCAAAUAUACGGAUGGCAAGUUCGCAUUCCAAUCCAUAAGCUCAGCAGGGCUCUACUCCAUUAUGUUGCUUGUUGUAGUUCCACGUCUUGCGAUCGCAUUUUUUCUGUUGAAUGCUGGUUUGCUCUUCUUAUGUCAUACUGUGAACUUGCAGCAAUUGCUCUUCAACAGUUUGGCUUUAGGAUUCGUUCUGGAUAUUGAUGAGAUGAUCUACCCCAUAUUCGUUCCCAGUCGGGUGCAACGUGUUGCCAGCAGGAUGAGGCCGUUCACGCUAGAAGAAUAUACCAAGUUCGCCCCUGGUUCGGCCGUGGCAACAGCAGCGCUGGGAGUGGUUCAGCGUCUACCUAUUCGUCUCUGA